AUGAUUGAGUUUUCUUGGACAGGGCUUUACGAGAUAACGACAAGGAUUACUGGGAUUCCAUAUCAAGGUGGAUCCGAUCAAAAUUGUAAAAGAGUAUGUUACGGGCCAUCAGAGAAGAGUAUGGUUAUUGUAAAAGCAGGAGACAAGGCAGAUCCGACCAAAAUUGUAAAAUGGAUCAGGAAGAAAAUCGGAAAGCAUGUUGAGUUGAUUUCUCCGAAAAUCAUUCCAAAUCACAAUAAGGAGGUUAAGAAAGAGCAAAAGGAGGGAAGGAGACUUCUCAAAGGUUUCUCUGGCCCUGAUUUACCAGUAGCGGAGGAAGGUCAGGAAAUAAUGGAUAUGGUCAACCCGUCUGCUCCUCUGCCCCCUUGGGUUACUGAAGAAGAUCUUUCAAACUAUGGUGCUCUCUAUGAAAAAUCUGGAUUUCAUACUGCGCUGCAAGUGCCAUAUAGAAUGAUGUAUGAUAGAUUAGGGUUUAUGUUGGUUGGUUGUUUGGAUGUUUUAGGUGUUGAUUUUGAGGAAGAUAUCACUCAAGAAGAAAGAGAAGCGAGUUUGGAAAACAUGUCAUUUGGUGGUUUUCCAAGGGGGGAACGUGCUAGUACUUCUCGAAACCAUGAUGAAGAGGAGACACCUUUAUUUGCACAAGAUGACUACUGGGAAGAGUCGGAUUCCGACUACAUAGCUCCAAGUGAAAGCGAAGAAGACUGUGAUGUGUACGGAGAGAGUGAUUUUGAAGAAAGUGAUGAUGAAAGGUUAGAAAAUGAGGAAAGGGAUUGUAAUCCAUUGGCCCGAUGCCAUGUAUAUAGUAAGAUGGGGAACUGGGAUGCCUCAUGUGUGGACAAGGAUGAGUUUGCUCUUAAGAUGUGGGAUGAGACGCCCGAACGAAUGGACAUUGGUGUUUGUUUCAAAUCUCAAUCAGAAGCAAAGCAUGCUGUGAAAUUAUGGAACAUCCAUCAUAAAAGGGAAUAUACGGUCGCCGCGAGUAGUCCAAGGACGCGAGAUGUGCGGUGCAGAACAUUUAAUGUGGAAAGUGAGGAUGGUGAACCACCAUGUGAGUGGAAGAUACGUGUGUCAUUGAAAGCGAAACCGUGGUCGAGAGAUAAUAUUGGAGGAGGAAGAAAGAGGAAGGUCACAAUCCUCCCUCGGACAUCGCAACAACAAACUGAGGGUCAGCAAAAUGAGGAUCAAGCACAUUCUUCUCGAGGCUCGCGCAUCCAGGUCAAGACUCAUUUUGAAGACGCUGGUGGACUCGAGACUCAGUUUGACCUUGGUGGACCCGAGACUCAGUUUGGUGGACAGUCGCAACCACAACCGGGAGUCAAAUUUCUCACCAUGGGGGAGUCCCAAUCCCAACCCCAACUCGAGGCUCAGUUUGGUGGACAGUCGCAACCACAACAGAGUUCAAUACUCACGUAUCUUAAGAGGGGAGAUAGGAUCCGGCAGGGCCCAAACAAAUACACUCUGGAUGCGCACAAUAAAGGAAAAGGGAAAAAAUGAGACAUUUGAUGUAUUUUGCACAUUUAAAGUAGUUUUUGUAUUGAUUUUUGUAUGAAACUUGAUUUGUUUUGUUGUUAAUCGAAUGCCGUUUAUUGUUUUGUUGCCAUUAAAUUUUUGUUUUUCAAUGUUUCAUUGUUGUUGGUGCUGUAAACAGGUUUAGGACUGGUGAAAA